UCAUGUGACGCCUACAUUUCCGACACAACAAUACAACGCCGUAUCGGUCGGCAAUCUCGCUCCCGCUCUCCCCCUCCACGCCUCGCUCUCGGUAUGGCGGACGGAGAGAGGUCCCCGUUAUUAUCAGAUCUGGGAGAUGGUGCUAUUGGCAGCGGUAACGGUGGGGUUUCUCCCGGUGCAUCGCAGUACGGUGUACCUAACAAACCAGAGGGCUUCCCUCCUUUCCCCAGCCCUACUCAGCCCUCAGUGCUCUUAGGGGAGGACCCUCCACCCUACUCUCCCCUCACUUCCCCAGAGAGCGGCAGUGCCCCUGUUAUCAACUGCAGGGUGUGUCAGAGCCUGAUCUCUGUGGAGGGCAAGAUCCACCAGCAUGUGGUGAAGUGUGGGGUUUGCAAUGAGGCUACGCCCAUUAAAAAUGCCCCAGCAGGGAAGAAGUAUGUUCGCUGCCCCUGCAACUGUCUUCUCAUCUGCAAAGUCACUUCUCAGAGGAUUGCCUGUCCCCGACCAUAUUGUAAAAGGAUAAUUAAUCUGGGUCCAGUUCAUCCUGGUCCAGCCAGUCCUGAACCCCAACCUGCUGGAGCCAGAGUCUCCUGUGGACACUGCAGCAACACUUUCCUGUGGACAGAGUUCACAGAUAGGACACUGGCCAGGUGCCCACACUGCAGGAAAGUAUCCUCCAUUGGUCAGAGGUAUCCUCGAAGGCGGAGCUUGUGGUGUUUUCUACUUUGCUUGCUAUUCAGCAUUUCUGCUGCAGGGCUGAUGGCUGGAACGUGGGUAAAAGCUCAGACCUACCAGGGGAUCUACGCCUCGUGGGCUGUAAUGCUCCUCCUGGUUCUCGUCACGCUGUGUCGGGCCUUCUACUGGGCCUGCAUGAGGGUCAGCCAGCCGCUCCAGAACUUCACAUAGAACCCCCUCCGCCAUCAUCUGCCACACCUCUCUUCCCAGCCUGCCAGGCAGGAGGAAAGAUGGCUUUAAAAAGAAAAAGAUAGAAAGAAGAAAAUACAAUAUUUAUUUAAAUCCAACUCCAGAAAGUUCUUCUCCUGCCCCUUCCAUUAUUCAAAGUGUUUCUAAAACUGGAUGGCGGCGGCUGCGACUGCUCUGUAUCUAUUAUGAAGACGUGUAUAGCCUAAUGUACUGUUGAUUUCUUCUAAUAUCGUGGCCAGUAUGGGAUUCAUUUUAACAUUUUUAAUUCUCUUUUUUUUUCUCUUCAUCCCUGCGCUGUUGAUACAUUUUGGCUUCAGUCUGUGGCACAUCCGUUGAGCUCUCGCAGCUUCUAAGACCAGGACUUAAUCUUGUCCCGGGUUUUUGUUCUGAGGAGAUUCUCCCUCUUCGAUACUGAUUUGACAAAAGCAUUUUAGCAUUUAAGAUGUUUGUUUUUUUUUUUUAAACCAAGAAGCAAAAAUCUGACGAAGCAAAUUAAAUCGAUUGUAGUAGAUUAGUGGCUGGAGAAAUGUCAGCCUUCUUUUGUGAAUCAAAAGAUCAAGUAGGUGUUGAGAUGCAUCUGAAAAAAAAAUGAAUUCAGUAGCGUAUGGAGGUAGGCCAUGAUGUUUCUGAACUUAAUGUUUAUGCUGAAUUAUUCGCUGGGUCUGACUUUGAUCCGAAGCAGCUUGAAAGCCUUAAAAGGAGGUGUGAUAGAAGGAUUCAGCACACAAGCAUACAUACUCUGCAGACACAGUCACAUGAAUGCAUACUGUCACUCAACAAAAGCAGGAUGGUCUGUUAGAGUUGCAACAGCUUUAAAGCCUGUCAAUUUAAAAGUAGCCCAGCCUCCCUCUUCAAAGACAGAUUUUCUCCACAUGGUUGUCCUUGUCUCAGAUGAAAGAAGUGACUUGCUCGCCACUUCUAAAGGUAUUUUGUUGUGGCCCGAUAAGAGUAAAACUCCUUUUCAUGAGCUCACUGUUCCCAACAUGUUUACAUUUUUUUAAAGGCCCCAUCUUCUCAUUUAAUGUUAUUUAAUCUUUUUAUAUUGUAAAUUUCUGGUACAUGUAUCCUGAGUUGGAGUAUCAUUACCAGCAAAGCUCUGCAAAACUGGUUCCUUUCUGUGUUAGAUGCUCUUUGGUUCUCCUUGACUGUCCCAAACACAACAGAAUAUAAAAACAUAAAAUAUGGCAGAUGCUUUUUAAUUCUUAUAAGUGUCUCCUUUAUACCCAUAAUCCUCUGGGUGUAUCUGGAGUGUUUUUAACAUGGCUUUUUUUUAUUGGUGGUUGAAUAGAUUCAUAUUCAAUUUGCUUUUUAUUCUAAAAUAAUCCAGCAUUAUGCAGCUGCUGUUGGAAACCCUAAAACUUAUAAAGCUUAUAAAUCAGAAUUUAAAUAACUAAUUGCCAUGCAAGCACUAUGUUACUUUUAUCUCUUAUUGUUUUUGCUUGAAUUGGGGAUUAAUGGUAAUAAAAAAGUCACUGAAGAGUGAGGCUGGCACUGAGCUUCCUCUCUGGUUGGUUUCAGGUGUGGCUUUAAACAUGGGGUCAGUGGAAAUACGUAUCAGAUUAAGGCAGUAAUAUAAACACAACACUACGUUUGCAUUCUCACUAUAUGCAAGUCCAAUAACUUGUCUGUGAUUCUGAAUGUGGUAAAAUUUCUUUUUGUUAUGAUUUUAUGCAUUUUUCUUUUGAUUGUUAAUAUAUUUGUUUGUGAACAAUGAAAAUGACUAGAUGACUUAUGUUGCACUUCGACCUUAACACUAUACUGCUGUGAUCGCAAGUUUUAUUUGUUGGUUUUAAGAGGGUUAUUUUUGCAAUCCUGCUCCUUUUUAUGUAUUAAACUAUUUGAUUUACUUACUAACCUAAUGAGCCUCUGGACACCUGGUUGUGUUCAAACUUCUAAACACAUGUCUACAUACUCAUACAAACAAAACAUUACAGCUGGGUCGUUCCCAAAAUAUAUUUCAAUUUCAUCUACACAGACAUGGGCCUUGCACCUUACACGACAUACACCAAGUAAGAGAUGGAGUUACUUUGCUGGACUGAGCUGAGGUGUUACGUUAUUUAUUAUACACUGCAAAACGGGAUCACUUGAACAAUUCAGUCUCUUAUUGUGUUACAGUCUUAUUUAUUUUGGAGGGAAGUGUCAUGCAGGGAGGUUAUUACAUCGUCUCACUCCACAGCUGUUCCAAAGGCAGGGGCCUUUCAUUUGAUACAAUAAUUUUCCAGUGAAAACUAUGGUCAGUACAUUCAUUUUUGCACUAGGGAUAAAGAUUCCUAGGCAGAAUUUAAAUGUUUCUUAUUUCAAGGAGGCCCUUUAUGCAGCGAUGUGAUCAUGUUUUUCUGUGACUGCAUUAAAAAAUAAUCAUGUAAGCGCCAAUAAUCAAGAACCUGGCUGAUGCUCUUUUCAGAGUUUGUUUACACUCAAAUAAAGACAUGAUGACAUACAAAACAGUUGGACGCGAGUGCUUUCUUUGGUCUAAAUAAUAUCAAUAUAUGCCACAAAUGUUUCUUCUUGUAGGAACAACAUAAAAUAUGUAUUUUAUGUUUCAGCAGGUUAGAGUAAACUUACCUGAUUUAUGUGUUAAUGAACAUUUUUUGGGAUCUUGCAGUAAUCAAUGUGUGUACCACCAAUCAUCUUAUGUCCUGAACUGUCCUGUGCACAUUGCAUACUGUACCAGGGUUUUUUACAUUCUCGCUUGAUAGUGAUAUCUACUUAACUCUAAAAUAUAUUUAAAAACGGGCAAUGGAGAAUCUUGAAUUUGAUAGAUGAAACUAAAUGUAGCCUGCGGUUGAAACCAUAGACCAGAGUUUACAUAAUCAUCAUUACAUCAUUACAGCUUUUGGUUUCUGAACUGUUGGUCUGGAACCUCCGCUGUCACCAUGAUGGUCUUUUUAUAGCCAAAAGUGACCACAUUAGUAAAAGCUUGAGGGUGACACUUGAAACUUCAUGAUAGUUUAAUGUAUCUCUGUGGACUUGUUUUUAAAGUGAACAUCAGCACACUGAUCAGAAGCAAUAGAAGAACAACACAAUAAUGACUGGCUGAAAGAAAAAGUAUUAAGCUAGCAUUUUAGAAAGAAGUGUACUUUCUGAACAGGAGUGAGCACCUAGUGGGUGUUAUUGGUAAUGCACCCCUGCAUUUUCUGACAUGGGAGGACUACCUCAGGGCUAGCUUUGUUUGUUCUAUUUUUUACUUGAAACAGAAAUGCUUGUUUUGAUCAUUUAUCGUCUGGACCCCAGGAAGACUAGCUGAUGUCUUGGCAUAAGC